UCCGUGUUACUUCCGUGUUCCGCUCACCUGUUACACCUGUGUUACAACGCUGAAGGCGACAGCAGCGUAUAGGUACGAGUCCUGCUCAGCCGGUGCACCUGUCGCGUUAUUGCCUUGCCUUUAUUGUGCCAUGACCGAGGAGCUCAUAACUUGCGAUUUAAUAUGCCCGUCUUCGUCGGGUGACCCCGAGGACACUUUAGGUACCAUGAAAAGCAAUGGGGUGAACGGUGAGCAGCCUAUUCUGUCUGUGUUAAGCGGCGGCGGUGUGAGACGGGCGGCGGACACCGCGGUCUCGAGCUUCUGUGGCGGCGGCAGAGCGACCUCACCGACCGCGUCCACCCCCGACACCGAGUCCGGGAUCUUUUCUAGUGAAUGUGAGCUCUGUUCGGUGCAUGAGUCUGAGCUGGACUGGUUCUGUGACACCGAGCAGAAACUCAUCUGCUCUCAGUGCGCCACCGUUGGCUCCUGCCACGGACACACUGUAACCCCCCUGGCCACCAGAGUUACCGCAGUUAGGAACCAGUUGGUGGAUGUCUGUGAGAAAAUGCAGCUGCAGGCAUUGAGAAUAGAAAGAUUUAUUAACCAGACCUUAACAGCCAAAGACCAAAAGCUUCAGGCAGCGGCAAGCAGGGCGAGGGAGCAGGUGCUGGCUCAGGUCAGCGCAGCACGUGAAGCCUUAGAGGAGGAGGAGCAGCGUCUCUUGGAGGAGGUGCAGAGAGAGGAGGAGCGGGUGGAACAGUGUCUCCUCACGCAGAGAGCCCACUGGAGCCAGGCUUUGACGAAUCUGUCGCAAACACGCUCCCGUUUGGUGCACACGCUCACACACACUCCAGAUGCACAGCUGGUGACUCGUGUCCAGGACAUAGCUGAAAGGGUGGAGGAGGCAGAUGGGGUUGGGGAGCCCUGUGACACAGACCAGCUCAACCUGAACCCAGGCUGCAGCGACAGCAAACUGCUGAGAGGUCUGUGGGCUACUGCAGUGCUGCUCGGCCCACGUGCUUAUGGGUCAUCUCAUUUAAAGUUUGAUGAGCACACAGUGAGCCCUCUCCUUUCACUGUCUGAUGACUUCUGCACGUUGACCUUCCUCCCCAGAAAAGCCCGCCAGUCCCCUCCUUACAACCCAGCCAGGUUUGACUCUUGGCCCAAUGCACUGGGCUCAUUGUCUAUGUCCUCUGGAACCCACAGCUGGGUGCUAGAUAUAGGCCAGAGUGGUGCCUUUAAGGUCGGAGUGUGCUACGCCUCUCUGAAGCGCAAAGGCUCUGGGAACGAGGCCCGACUGGGCUACAACAGUCAGUCCUGGGUGCUGUCUCGCUACGACGGGGAAUACUCCUUCUGCCACGCAGAGAAGAAGGUGCCCCUGCAGGUGGUGAGGCAACCCCAGAGGAUCGGCCUGCUGCUGGACUGGCCCAGUCAGACACUCCUGUUUUACGAUCCAGACUCCAAAGCCGUGCUGUACUCAGUCACACAACAUUUCAGUGCCCCCCUGCUGCCGGCAUGUGCGGUGACUGAUCGCAGCAUCACCAUACUGCACUGACACACCACCCGCACAGCCAGAAAAUGAAAGAACCUAAACAUGUGAAGACUUUCUUUAAUGUAAACAUGAUCAGCAGUUUAAAAGCUUUCAUUUGUGCAAUAAUGAAAACCUUAGAUAUGGGAUCAGUUUUGAUUAUUCUGUUUCUAUUUAAUAUUUGCUCUGGUAGCUUCAAACGAACUUUUGACUGUUUUGAAUGAGUUCAUAAGUUUGAAUGUCAUUAUUUGUUGAUAUUUUGCCAUUUUGACUGACACUGAUUGCAUUUUUAUGAAGUUUGCAGUUUGUACUGAUUGUUUGUAUAAUCAGUUUAAUCUGUGUAAAGAAGCUUCUCAGAAUUUUGUAGAAAAUAUUAACUACUGGUUGAUCCAGUAUUAGAUGACAUGGGA